AUGAAUCCCAAACGUCAUCAUGGUUCGAUAUUACAGCUACACCUCUUUCUCCUACUCUUCUCUGGCCACGCUUUGGCUCAAGCCGAUGACGAUGGUUCAGAUAUGUAUGGAGAAAGCUCUCGGUUUGACCCAAACAUGGCAAUAUUCAUGAUCGCCCUUGUCGGUGUUUUCUUCACUCUGGGGGUUUUGUCCAUGUAUAUCCGUAGGUGCCUUGAGAGAGCCAUUGGGAUGAACAACGUACACACCUUCGACGCUGGUGGUAAUAGGCUUUCCCUAGGCCGCUCUCAAGCGCUUGGACUUGAGGCGUGGGUUAUUGAGACUUUUCCAACGUUCCUAUACUCAACGGUAAAGACGCUCAUGAUCAGCAAAGAGGCCCUUGAGUGUCCUAUUUGCUUAAACGAGUUUGAAGACGCUGAAACACUGUGUUUGAUUCCUAAAUGUUGCCACGUGUUCCAUCCUGAUUGUAUAGAUGCCUGGUUCCGUUCUCACGCCACUUGUCCUCUCUGCCGCGCAAAUCUCGUCCCUGUACCGGGAGAAUCGGUUGUUUCUAUCCAGAUACCCAGUUUAGCCAAUGACACUCCCCGUUCCGAAUUAACAGAUGAUAAUCGGAUUACGAUUGACUCAGUGGCGUUGACCUGUAACCAGAGUAUGCCUCGUAUUUCUACCAAUUCUCUUCGGACAAGUCAACAUGAGGAGAAUCUCGAACGAUUCACGCUUAGGUUACAGCCAGACAUUCACAAUAAGCUCUUGGACUCGAGCCUUUCAAAAGGCCACAUGACGUUUCCUCAGAUGAUGAGUUCAGCGAGAGGGUACAGAACCGGAAGCCUAGAGGCUGAUGCAAAUUAUUUCUACUAUGAAAGGUUUGACCAAGAUGGUCGGUCAGACCGUAGAUCAUUCUCCAUAACUCCUCCAUACUAG